AUGGCGGAAUCGACGCCGCAUCCAAAAUCCAUCCUUCGAGGCCACAAAGCCCAAGUGCACGCUUUAAAUUUCGUUCGCGGCAAUGAUCGUUUAGCCAGCGGAGAUGCGGAGGGCUUCGUCGUCCUCUGGGACCUCACCAUUAUGCGCCCGACGGCAGUGUGGAGGCCACAUGAGAACGCAAUUCUGGGGAUAAAGGGUUGGGGAGACGACAGGAUAAUAACCCACGGCCGGGAUCACAAGCUUGCUGUCUGGCAGUUAGGCCUCAAGGAUGAGUCCAAUCUCAGCAAGAAGCUACCUCUCGAUGAGACACCAGAGCCAAGGCCACGACCUUGGCUUUUGCAUCUCAUCGACGUCAACACCAUGAAUUUCUGUUCAUUCGCAUCAUGUGCUCCGCUGCCCGGCGACGUGUCCGAGUCCUCGAGCUUAUUGCUGGCAGUUCCAAAUACUUUGGCGUCGGAGUCGGUUGACAUCUACGAAUUACCAUCCAAGAAGCGACUUCACACAAUUAAGUCAACAGAGAAGAAUGGCAUGGUCAUGGCCCUAGCCCUGCUGUACGUUGAUGGAUCUGCGUCUACACAGCCCUCCACCAAUGGUCGUUUGACCCUCGUCGCCGCAUACGAGAAUGGGUCAGCAACGGUCGUGCAGCUCAACAGUGGGACUUGGAAUACUACCUACUUGUCUCAAGCCCACAACCAGCCCAUCCUCUCCCUCGACGUCGUCGCGGAGCAAGGCUACUUUCUUACUUCCGGUGCAGAUGCAACAAUCGCCAAACACCCUAUUCCGGGCCCUAAUCCGGGACCUAACUCCGAUGUUGAAGGGGGAAUCAUCCAGCAACCGUUGAAGAUUCUGAAUACCAAACAUUCGGGCCAACAAAGUUUGCGCAUUCGGGACGACGGACGCGUCUUUUCUACCGCUGGCUGGGAUUCCAUGAUUCGUGUGUAUUCCCCCAAGACCCUCAAGGAGGUAGCUGCUCUCAAGUGGCAUCAGGUGGGAUGUUACGCGAUUGCCUUGGCCAGUGUCAGCGCGACAGCUCGGACUGAUGAGACCCGAGGCGCGUCCGGCGAUCCCAAUCAGCUUCCCCACGAUCUCAUCUCUCGUCCAGGACAACAACAGCUCAGCGUCAAGGACAGGCGCAUCCAGCAGGCUCAGAAUGCUCACUGGCUGGCGGCUGGGAGCAAAGACGGCAAAAUUUCAAUGUGGGACAUUUUCUGA